CCGUCGGCGGCUCUCCCUCUCUUUGCCGCCCCGCCCCGGGCUCACAGGUGUAGGACGGGGGUGGGCUGGCCACAUUUACCAUGGCCGGGGCUGGGAAGGACGCCCCGGAGCGCCCGGCGGCGGCGGAGGAGGAAUACAGGCUCUCAGUUUGUGGCAAGUUAUGCUAUGCAAUAGGAGGUGCCCCAAACCAAGUGGCAGGGAGUGCUGCUGCUUUCUUCCUACAGAUCUACCUGCUAGAUAUAGCCCAUAUCACACCGUUCCAUGCCUCUUUGGUGCUGUUCAUUGGCAAAGCCUCAGGAGCAGUUACUGAUCCUGUUGCUGGAUUUUUUAUUAGCAAAAGUAAAUGGACAAAAAUUGGCCGGCUCAUGCCUUGGAUGCUGGCAUGUACACCCUUCACAGUAGUGUCCUAUUUUUUCAUGUGGUACCUGCCUCCUUUUGUAUCAGGAAGAGUUGCAUGGUACCUGACUUUCUACUGCCUUUUCCAAGCACUGACCACACUAUUCCAGGUACCAUAUACUGCUCUCACCAUGUUUCUCAGCACAGACCAGAAGGAGCGAGAUUCUGCAACGGCAUACCGAAUGACCAUGGAAGUUCUUGGGACCUUGAUUGGAGCUGCACUUCAGGGGCAAAUUGUGGCCAGUGCUCAUCUCUCUCAUCACUGCACCAUGAAUCCCCCACUAAACACGACCAGCCCUACCGACUCCUGGCAUGACAGUCCCAGCUUCCCUGAGCCCUCGGACUCCCUGUCCCAUCAAGCAAAAGUUUAUAUGAUUGCAGCAGGGGUUAUAGGAGGUGUGUAUCUUCUGGGAAUUAUCAUUCUUUUUCUUGGAGUAAAGGAAAAAGAUGAUCCUUAUGCCUUGAAUUCAGACAGAGCAAUUCCUUUUUGCAAGGGGCUUGGGCUCACCAUGAAGCAUGGUCCAUAUGUGAAGCUUACAGCUUCAUUUCUUCUCAUCUCAACAGCAGUUCAGCUGGAGCAGAGCAACUUUGUCCUGUUCUGUACUCAUGCAGCCGAUCUUCGCAAUCACUUCCAGUAUUUGGUGGUGACCAUCUUGGUAUCAGCAGCUGUGAGCAUUCCCUUCUGGCAGAAGUUUCUGCAGCGAUUUGGCAAGAAGUGUGCAGCAUGUGGGAUUUCGUGGAUGAUUCCUUUUGCAGUCAUGCUAGUGACCAUUCCAAACCUGAUCCUGGCUUACUUCGUGGCCUUUGUCUCUGGUCUGAGCAUUGCAGCAUCUCUGCUGUUGCCGUGGUCAAUGCUGCCUGAUGUUGUUGAUAACUUCCGCCUGCAGAAUCCUCAUGGAAAAGGACAAGAAACCAUUUUCUAUUCUUCUUAUGUUUUCUUUACCAAGAUGUCAGCAGGAAUUGGCUUAGGAAUUUCUGCUGCCAGCCUGGAGUUUACUGGUUACAAGCCAGGGAUAUGCAGACAGUCCAAUGAUGUGAUCCUCACACUGAAAAUCCUCAUCGGAGCAGUUCCUGCUGUCCUCAUCCUUGUAGGUUUAUUUAUACUUCUCUUCUACCCAAUCACUGAAGAAAGUCGGAAAGAAACAAAGCUUGCGCUGGAAGUGUUAAGAAGGAGCCAUCAAAGCACAGAGAACCUGGAUGACCACAGAGAGGACACCUCGGUCUGAGAGCUCUGAAUACGAAGACUUUUUAAACUCAGUCUCAUACCCCACGCAGAAACUCCGUGAGAGUUUUCUGCGUCAUUUCCAUGCACAUAUUGUCAGAAAGGAUAAAGAAUGAUAAAGAAUGACAGUCAGUAAUGAAAUCAAGAGAGGAACAUCACCAUGUAAAAAAUAAAUACAGCUCUAUGCACUAUCCUAAAAGAGACAUUACAACCAUGCAGGAGUGCAAGCUAUUGAAGGUUUGCCUUUUUUGUUUGUUUUUCAAUGAUAACAUAAAGCUAUGAUUUUGUUGCAACACGAGGGUCUAUGAACUUGUAGGCCAAGGGAAAAAAGCAUAAAUAUGGUAUACUACCCAAAUAUACCUUGUGAUACAUUUCAAUCUCAGAGACCGGGGUAGGUUUCGAACUUAAUUUCUACCUAUACAUUGCACGCUAGCGUGUUUAGAAAGCACUUUGGAAUCCUGAAGUAUGCUAUAAAAAUAUAGGAUAUAUUUUGUUUUGAAAUGAAGCAAAUCACAGAUGGAGAGAUAUUUUGAGGAUUUUCUUGCAAAGGGUUAUUCUGAAAGAGAUUUGAUGUAAUUUAACUUUAUAGAUUUUAUAUGAAACAGAACCUUACAUUUCCCAUUGUCAGAGUUCCUUGCUUCAAAUAACUUUAUACUGAUCUUUGUCAGAGUGUGAGGACUUAAUUUCAAACAACAUCUUCACUCAAGGUACCCAAAAUAUGUAGCCUCUUCCAAAAUUUAGAGUAGGCCAUUCAAAUUUCUGUAACUUUGGCCUUUAAGCAAUCAUGGUACCCACCUGUUUUUCAUGUGGGUUUUGUCAGCCUUACAGAACACCAUGGCAUCGCUGUUAAUCUCAGCUUGCACACAGUGUUUUAUAAUAAUGAGGUUACACCUGACUUUGAAAUGGUGUUUCUUUUCAGUCAGGGAUCUCAUUAUGGCUUUAGAUAUAUUAUCUAAAACCUCAUUUCUACUAUAGAGUCACGCUGCUGAACACAUUUUGUAGAUAAAAGAUACACCUCAGGCACUUUCCGGGGCAGUUAAAUUCAGGCUUAGUCAUUCUGGGCUUUUAGUGGAGUCAGUGGAGAGACAGACACCUCCAGAGGCUGCUUCCAAGCUCAGGCUAAAAUGACUGGACUCUGAAGACAGAUAUCUAAAUUUGGAGGGGAGUGUGAUGAAUCCAAGAGUCGAAGGCUUCUUCACAUGAAGAAAUUAGCGCAGUGCAAAACAAGACAUGAAUUUACAGCCCACUGGCUUAACUGUACAAAUAAAUAUAUGGGAGGGUGACUUAAUUUUGGGCUAGAAGUGCCUUUGAAGGAGUAGCCCAACACGUCUAGGAGCACCUGUGGGUACUCCUGUGGGUGUCACUGGAGGCAGUGACCAUAAGCAAUUUGCUCAGGGACCUCUGGCGAAGUGACUCAGUGCUGGGACUGGAAACUGGAAAAGCUUUUACUGAAAGACCCUGUAAAAUAAAAUUAGUGCAUCCACAGAGUGUCUCGUUAACACUGAAACCUUUUCAGGCAAGUUGGAAGUCUAAAGCUUAAUGAACUGUCCUAGUUCAGAAAAAUGCUGGAUAAUGAGUGAGCCUUUAAGGGUGUAUUUUGAGUGUGCGUGGGUAAGAGUUAAUGAUGUCUGAGACUUGUAUUGAAUUGACAUCUAGGGAUGGGUUUUUUAGGUUUCAGUUCUUGAACAAGCCAAGAUUUCUAUUGCCUGGGGCACAUGUGUUUACAACAAUAAAAGCCAUAAGCCCGUUUACAUUUCUGAGUUUAAUAGAAUUUGAAAUAGCAGAUACACUUCAUUUUGAAGUAGGUAAAUGAUGUAGUAAUAUCGCAUAGCUCCAAAAACAUCAUAGAAAACAUUCUGGGGGAUUUGAUUUAUUCCAUAACAUUUGUGUCUGUCUGAACAGUCUUCUUUAAAAACAACCAGAAGUCCUACUAAAGCCUAUUUAUUUUUAAAAUGUUUUUUGUUUUCAGCUGCUAUAAAUCUGUAGCUCCAAGGCAGUGAUUCUGUGUCAGUUUACAUAAGCCAAAAACUUAGCCCAGCGAUAAAAGGAUUGCAGAAACUGCUGGCUGUGGUUGAUUGGAAGAAUUUGAAUGUGGCCUGAGAGAUAUUAUUUCUAGAUCAGUUGUGCAGUUACCUCUGAACUUUGCAACACCCCCAUCCUGACUUCAGUGUCUUGCAAAGGUAAACUUGGUUGAUUGAUUGUAAACUUUAUUCCUCUGCUCCAGUGAGACAAUGUGAUAUUUACCUAACAGAGAUGCACUUGGUCUUCACUUUGCAUAUAGUAGUAGCAUCAAAAUAAAAUGGAAAACCUCCAUUGAUGAAAUGUAGCAAAAUAUUUUUUAUAGUUUGAAAAUCUCAAUUAUUUUAUUUGAUUAUCAGAGUUGUACUUUUGUUAAGAAAAUGAAUGUAUUUUUCUAAGCAAAGAGAAUGGAAGAAGUAAGUGCAAGGUAAGAUUUUUUUUUGGCAAUUUUGUUUUUUAGGGCUUAUUGGUGCUGUAAAACAAAUGAACUUUGAAUAUCUUCUUGUCAUUUUUAAAUGAUGUGUACAGUGUAUGUAUGUUCAGAACAUGUGACUGGAAGAAGCAGAUUCUUACAUUGACAACCAUUCAGAUUAAAUGCUAAUCUAAUGUAAACCUCCUGCCUUGCACUGAUUGUCAGUAACAGGGGCCAAGUUCAGUCCCCAGGGGCUCUCAUUCAAGUAAUACCCAAUACAGUCACAAGAACAUGGGAGAUUGGAUUAAACCAGCUGGGUGCCUAAUGGACAGCGCUUCCCCACCUACACGCAAGCAGUUCCAACAAAUGGAUUUACACAAAUAAGAGGAAGAAAAGGAUAACAGAAUUACAUGUCCCUGGGUAGUCCUCUGUAAAGCAAACCAUGCCCAUUCCUUGCCCUUUCUUGAAGUAAGGUUGUUGUUUUUUUUUUCCCAAAUCUUCUGUUUGGCUGUUUGCUGGUAUAGUCGGUAGCUGAGCUGGUCACUAGUCAACUCGUCUAGUUUCAUACCCCUUGUGGUUUCUGCCUAAAAACAAUAUCAAAAACUUCCAAGGUUAUACCACCUGAUCACGCGUUACUGCUGGCAAUUGGUCUGCCUGCGAGGUCACAGCUAAGCACGUGGACAAGCCAUCGUUGCCCAUCGGGCACUGUAGGAGGGUUGCUGUUGGCCACCACCACCAGCCGUGUCUCUCACUAGCCGUGGCCUCCCACCCCGAGGCACUGCCUGCCUCUGAGCUUGCUGACCUGUCACGGCUUAGGUGGAUUAGAUCACUUGUGCUGAGUCCCCCGCUUUAACAGGUGAAUACCACCUCGGACAUCUGUCCCUGGGGAGUUCCUGAGGCCUGGCGCCUUGGGUUCCAGGUCACUGGGUUUGCAGGAGGGGCCCUGCAGAUCUGAGAACUAAUUCCUUAAGUCACUGCUGCACCUUAUAAGAAUUGCUGCUAGAUUGCUGCAUCCCCUGGUCUCUGUUCACCUUCUGUAUUUCAAGUAAAACACUUGAUGUGGACAAUGUUUUAAAGCCAAACUCUGCUGUUUUUGUUUCUGUGGUUGCUUACCAAAUAUCAUUUGUUCAUCUCCUUUUCUACUUGCCUUUCUGGGUUUUAGACAGAAAAAAUUGAAACAAUCACCUCCUUGAGAGGAGGAAUUUCCUGGAGGGAAAAUGUAGGUCCUUUAAGACCUGGUAUUUGUUGGCGAGGUCUCUGAAGAUGAGGAAGGGAAGGCACUGUAGUUCAAAGUCUCAUGCAGUAGGGCACAGCCAGUAGCUGUAUAGUGUAUAGUGUUCAAUCACAUACUUUGUAUGAAUUUCAUAUUGUAGUUUAAAAAAACAACCACAAAACAGCCUUGGAGUGUUACAAUAGAGGCUUUCCCUUCAGAAAACAGCUAGGCUGAGUGAUGGAAAGGUCAGCUGGAUUCAUACAAUUGAUAGGUG